AUGUUUUAUCACAACGACGAUGCCUCUCGGGGACGUUCAUUGUUGCUCGAGUACAUGGCUCUGCUGAUCUUGUCAAUCCUCGGAAUGGUUCAAGUCAUGGUAAAAACGCAUUUUGCCGAGUCAAAUCUUGCGCUGGGUAAUGUCCAAAGUGACGGCUCGGACAACGGCACCUACUAUCCCAGCUCUCUGCCCCUCAGCGUUUCCCAAGCAGCGAUGGAAUUUUCCCCGACAGAAAAAUAUGCACUGAAUGCUAGUGCGGACUGGGCUUCACUAAUCCCUCAUGGUCAAGGCUGGGUGCAGCUGGGGAAAGAGCGACAACCGUUCGCCGUGUCCAUGUACCACCAACUACACUGUUUGAACGGUCUGCGUGUGGCACUGCGCACGCCAAAGACGAGCCGCUCGCCCCAGUUCAACAGUCAUACCAACCAUUGUUUCAAUUAUCUGCGCCAGCUUCUACUAUGCAAGGCCGAUACGACACUAGAGCCGACUAAGAUAACUCAGACAGGCGAUGGCAAGGUGCGGGCGGCGGCGUCAGGCGACAAUGUGGUCCAUGUGUGCAGGAACUGGGUCCAAAUUCGUCGCUUUGUAGAGGAAAACAUGCGAGAUUAUUGGAGGGAAACUUGA